AUGCAAUCAAUUCUUGUACCUCAGGGACAUCCGGUCGGUGAAUCUCGUUCAAAUGAAUCACUUUCUUCACAAGUGGGAAAACAAUUCAGCCGAAUCGCUGAAAACGCUCUGCAGCCGGCCGCACGUAAAUCGUCUCAGAAAUUAAUUUCAUCAUCCCAUCGAUUUUCCUCGGUAGGAGGGAUACCACAAUCUCACCAUGUCAAAAAGUCAAACAGACAACCCACUCAGAAGCAAGACAGUGUUUCGAUGCGGCCUACAAACUCUCCUACUUCCGAUUCUAAUUGUCCAUUCGAAGAGUCCCGCAUCCAUCCUUCCCCACCAACUCAAGUGAACUUUGAACUUGGGAGCUCAACUGAUAAUCAGGCCAGUGGGCAGUCAAAACGACGAUCCACAAGCUCGUUUAGGACGUCGUCGACGUCCUCAAAACCCAGUGGGAUGCUCAGCCGCCAAUAUACCGACUCUUCUGGCUCCGGUCGAUUUGCUUAUUUGGAUUCACCAGGUAUUUUGAAAGCUGCACCUUCUUGUCCAGGUUUUUUGGACCCGGUACAAACAAGCAAGUUUCAACCAACCGUAUCCACAAAGACAGCAGAGGGUCAACCCAUGCCUCUGUUGAAGUCCAGUGAAUGCAGAACUGAGAUUGGUGGAAACGCGCCAAUAGGUCGGUUGAGAGUGAACACUACGACCGCCGGGUUAGAAUUUUACAGAAUUCAGGAAACUAUAGGCACGGGAAACUUCUCUCAAGUGAAGCUGGCAACUCAUAUUUUGACCAAAGGCACUCAAUCGGGAAAACUGGUGGCAAAGUAUGGCGCCGUCAAGCUUCAAGGUUACUCAAGCACUGGCGUGAGCGAGUUGCAUGUCCGAACGCUUAAGUCUUGUAACAUGCCGUCAGUGCAGUACGUCGUCGAGGAAUACUCCGAACUGCUCACAGGCGAUGAAGAUCCGUUUAGCUUCUUCUCGUGGAUUGAACGCGAAAUUUCCCUCUCGUCCGAAUGCCUUCGACCCUAUGGCCCCGUCCUCUACCGCUCCGUCUACGGGAAAAGUUCACAGAGAUCGCGCGCACCAAGAAAAAUGCCCGCAAGAGUACUGAUGGAAAGGCCCCGACAAAGUAGCUCGCGACUAAGGCUGCGCGCAAAAAUGCACCAGCCACCGGUUGUGUGA